AUGUGCUCUAAAUGCUUCAAAGAAUGCAAUGCAAAUGCAAAGAGCAGCCAAAGUGUUGAAAAAUCUAUAGAACCUGCAAUGCUUCCUGCAGCAUCAACACAUCAACUAACCUCAACCACAGCUACAAACGAACACCAAGGUUCUAUUUCACAAAAUUCCACUUCUGUGGAAAUUCUUCAGACGAAUUCCCUCGAAAGUGGUGCGAGUGCCCCUAUUCCAGCUGCAACUCAAGAGAAUAUACAAGUGCGACCUGCCCAAACGAACCAAUCGCGUUGUUUUAAAUGUAGAGCUAAAAUUCCUUUGGCUAAGCAAACCAUCAAUAAAUGCCGUUGCGAAUAUGUUUACUGUGACAAUCACAAAAUUCCAGACAAGCAUGAUUGCGAUUUCGAUUUUGCAAAGAUGGGUAAGGACAUCUUGGCAAAAAAUAAUCCCAAAUUGAAUGAAGUGCAUAAAGGAGGCCGUUCGUUUAACAGAAUUGAUUAA